AUGCCUUCCCACAAGUCGUUCCGCACCAAGCAGAAGCUUGCAAAGGCCCAGAAGCAGAACAGACCCAUCCCACAGUGGAUUCGCCUGAGAACCAACAACACCAUCCGAUACAACGCCAAGAGGAGACAUUGGCGCAAGACCCGUAUCGGCAUCUAA